AAGGUAAAUUCUGAAAAAUGAUGACGUGAAACCAUGAAGUCUUGCUGUGUUGUCACCAUCUGUUUGCACAGGAACAAAGUGCUUCAAAGCAAACAUAAUGAAAUAAACAGACGAGUCAAGUUUCGUGAGCGCAAUACAGCAAGGCUACACGGCAAAAAGGCUCCAGAAAGGAAGAUAUCCUGAUAACGUUUACGAAACGAGGAAAAUAGGGCUAUUAUUAUUUUCGUAAGGACUUAUUGUGAAGUUUCUGCGUGAUUCGUGAAGACUCUUGUGCAAUAUUGUACUUAAGUGCGCAAUAGUUCUAAGUGUCCCUCUGCUGCGCGAGGAUGAAUGUGGGCACGGCGCACAGUGAGGUGAAUCCAAACACGCGCGUGAUGAACAGCAGGGGUAUAUGGCUUUCAUAUGUGCUUGGCAUCGGCCUACUACACAUCAUAUUGCUCAGCAUACCCUUCGUCAGCGUGCCUGUGGUUUGGACCCUCACAAACCUCAUUCACAACAUGUGCAUGUAUAUCUUCCUACACACGGUAAAAGGAACGCCGUUUGAGACUCCGGACCAAGGCAAGGCCCGGCUGCUGACCCACUGGGAACAGAUGGACUACGGGGUCCAGUUCACCGCCUCUCGAAAGUUUCUCACCAUCACCCCUAUUAUACUGUAUUUCCUGACCAGUUUCUAUACAAAGUAUGACAGGGUCCACUUCAUCAUCAACACCAUUUCCCUGCUCACCGUGCUUAUCCCCAAACUUCCUCAGUUCCACGGGGUCCGUCUCUUCGGAAUUAAUAAGUACUGAGGUUUUGUUCUUCAACACAAGAGGUUGACACACAGGGUGCUCAUUGACUUACUCUGUGGAAAUAAAAAAGGGGAAAAUUGAGGGCUUCUCCAGAUGCUCUUCUGCUUUGCGGUCGAACUGGUCGAAUUGUUUGCUACAACAUCACUUUUAUUGAUGUUUUUUUGUAUAACAUUUGUUAGAUACAAACGCAUUUGUUGAACCACCAGCAGAAUGCAGCAGAUGAGGGUCUCUGGAGAUGUUAGGACCUCCGUUCUACUUUGUUGCUUAACAGCACUGUGUAUGUCAUGUGGACCCACAUGUUAGCUUUCAGUCACUUUGGCAGAAAAGCUGCGUUGAUGCAAUGAAUCUGAUGGGUCAAAAUGAUCUGGUUCAUCAUGUCUUCUUAACUGUUUUGGGAGCCUGAGUGAGCAUUUCCCAGUAUUCAGCGCUGAGGAAAAAGAAGAAAGGUACUGUGUUUCUGAAGAAAGGCUAUUUUUAGCCCAGGUGCAAAAGACUGGCUUCAAUCCCAUGGUUGAACAUUGUCACCCUGUCCUGAUAAAACUGUUGCCAGCCCUUUAUUUCAAAACUUAAAACACGUUUAUAGAUUUAAAACAAAACUAGUUGAAUUUUAUAUAUGAUGAUUGUGCAUACGUCGGUUGCAGUGAUACAUAUCCAGUGUUUAACCGGAGCCCUAAAACCUUUCACUCUUUUAUAACACGCACUUAAUAUUGAGUAAUAAAAUGAGUUAGCUGGAAUUGCAUGGGAAUUAAAACCCUCUAGAUGGAGAGCACAGAUACAGGGAAUAUUGGAUUGGAUCCUUUUUUCGCCAAGAGAGAAACUUUAGUCUGGCUGUGCAAAUGACCUUUGGAUUGUAAUCUGUCUUGUUGGACUUGUAUGUACAGCUCCUGCACUUCACGUCCCAGUGUGAGUCAGGAUAACUUAGGCUAAAUGUUAAUGCAGUUUGCUAAGGUACAGAACAUUUCUGUGAAGCAUCAACAAAAUGUAAAUAAGAUGUUGAAGUGCUUAUCAAUGUUGAUGGCCAAUCACCAUGUUCUCUUUUACCAUGUUAUCAUUAUGCUCUCUCACAGAGGCAAAACGCAGUAACUGUGGCAACACUGAAACAGAAAAUUUGCUUUUAUUGCAUUUUUAUUGAUUUGAUUAGCAAUUUAAGCAAACCCAAGUGCAAAUCCGUCUGUCAUAAUACAGAUAAUGGUCUAAAAGACUAGAUUUUAAAUUUGGCAAACUACGUACUGCGUUUUGCGAACAAGAGUAUAGACUGGUGGACUGAUAUGCAUUUCGCAUAACAUAAUUUUCUCAUAAUUAACUCAUAAUUAUCUUUUUUUUUUUUUUUUUUUUUAAUAACAAGAAGUUAUAUUGGAAUGAUGUAUGGUCUGUGACUAACCACACAGAUGUAUUCCUAGUACUGUGCAAGAUUUUGAAAAGGUUGCUUUGAAAAUGACAUUGUUUGCGUUUAAAGUCUCAUACAGCAUUUCAUUGUCAUGUUUAGUAGCAGUUUGUUAUAAUGGUGUCUCAGUCAUGAUCUCUAUGUUUGUUUUAUUGCUGCCUAUCUUCGAUGGUAUGGAUUACUGUCAGAAAAAUUGUGCAAACAGUAAUCCUAUGUACGUGGAGAAACACCUUAUCAAAUCAGUUGACCUUGAAUCCCACAUUUGUUCUUAUCAUAGUUUGUUCUUGUUUGUAAGUCAUAUUCUGUGUUAUUGUACGUUUCGUGAUCAGUAUUUGCAAUAAUACUUACUAUUAUAGUGAUAGAAACUGUAUUAUUUGCCUUCUCACAUUACACACAGUUUUAGACGCAAAGUCAUUUGCAAACGGUCUUACUGCAGUGUUGAUGAUUACUUCAUACUUGAUUUGUUGACAGGGUACCUUUUGCAAUCUUGUUUAACUGCUUAAUGCAAUUGCAGAUUAACAUUGUGGUGGAUGAUUUCAUGUGAAAGUCAUUUAGAGUUAAUUUGUUCAUCAACUGGGUUUCAGUUCUCAUUAUUAAUUUGCAGAUGCUUUGAGACUCAUCUGACUGGGUGCAUCAUUUGUAGCUGAAGUGAUGUUCCCUGAAAUGUGAUUUUGUUACAUACUGUAUUAAUACAUUUACAAAGCUAUUUUAUCUUGUUUUGGGAACUGUAAGAACAGGAACUCUUGUGAAGUUGUGGCUUGGUAAUUUGAGGUGUUGCGUACCGUGGUGCGUCUGGCCUUAUCAGCUGGCAGGAUGCUGAUGUCAGGGUUCAUGCUGAGUGAUAUCAGAGACUUUCUUUCUUGUAUAGUGAAGUACAAUGUUUUUUAGGUGCAGCAGAGCCUCACGGACAAAUUGUCAGUUUUAUUACUGUUCUGUCAUCUAUAUACCCAACAGUUUCUCCUGUUUACCUUCACACAGUGAUUAUGAUUGUGACAGCAGCAGCAAAACAACUCCCACAGCAAUACACUAACUGCAUGACGUGAUGCUGUGCAAAGUUAAACAGCAGAAAAAAUCUUGUGACUGAUGAGGCGUAUUCAUCAGUGAAUGUGCUGUAAUGAAUGAAUGAACUCUACCUGACAUUAUACAAUGUGCCAGAUGAAUAAAACAGAAAGACAUUUGAAUGGAUAGAUCACUCAAAAACAGAUUUUUUUUUCUUAAUUUAUUCACCCUCAUGUCAUUCCAAAGCUGAGUUUCUUAUUUAUGUGGAACAAAAGAAGAUAUUUUGAAGACGGUUUCAACUUUUUUUGUCCAUACAAUGAAAGUUGAUGAAGUUCCAACAACAUUAGACCCCAUUGACUUUUAUUGUACGGACAAAAUAAAAUUAAAAAAUCAAACUAUUAUUUGUGUUCUACAGAAAAAAAGUAAGUCAUACAGGUGUGGAAAGACAUGAGGGUGAGUAAAUGGUGAAAGAAUUUUCAUUUUUUGGCUAGACUAUCCCAUUAAAGGGAUAGUUCACCCAAAAAUGAAAAUGAUCCCAUGAUUUUCUUUACCCUCAAGCUAUCCUAGGUGUAUAUGACUGUCUUCUUUCAGAUGAACACAAUUGGAGUUAUAUUUAAAAAUAUCCUGGUUCUCUUAAGCAUUGUAAUGUUAGUGAACAGGGGUGUGUUUUGAAGCACAAAAUAAAUGCAUCCAUCCAUCAUAAAAAUAGUCCAUACGGCUCCAGGGGGUUAAUAAAGGCCUUCUGAAGCGAAGCGAUGGGUUUUUGUAAGAAAAACAUCCAUAUUAAGUAAAAUAACUAGCUUCCGCUAGACGACCGUACGCAUACUGCACGAUGUAUGGCAGGAUGUAGGAGUAGUGUAAGCUUGACUGAUGAAGCGUAUUCAUCAGUGAAUGUACUGUAAUGAAUGAAUUCAUUGAAUUCUUAUGGUUUAAACAAAUAUGGUUGGGCAACAAACUCAAACUCGUCUUCUCCUAUAUCCAAAUCCUCCGACAUUUCUCUUCAAAAUUUCUAAUUCAUGACCGGUGUUUUGUUCCGCCGCAAAUCAAUGUGUCUGUCGGAAGCUAGUUAUUUUACUUUAUAAAGUUUUAAAUAUGGAUAUUUUUCUCACAAACACCUAUCGCUUCAUUUCCAAAGGCCUUUAUUAACCCCCUGGAUCCGUAUGGAUUAUUUUUUAUGAUGGAUGAAUGCAUUUUUUUGUGCUUCAAAACAGGCCCCCCGUUCACUACCAUUAUAAAGCUUGGAAGAGCCAGGAUAUUUUUAAAUAUAUCUCCGAAUGUGUUCAUCUGAAAGAAGAUAGUCAUAUACACCUAGGAUGGCUUGAGGGUGAGUAAAUCAUGGGAUAAUUUUCAUUUUUGGGUGAACUAUCCCUUUCAUGUUGAUGAGAUUUACCAUAGAUUAAAUUAGGAAACUGACAUUUCUAAGGUGAUUUCCUCUAGUUUAACAAAUAAAAAAAAAAGUACUUUGCAGACAGCAACACUAUAAAGAAAGCAACACGCCAGGAUUUCACUGUGCAACAUGAGCCAGGGUCGUGCUCUUUGGGCUGUUACCCAAAGCCAGCAACUUUUUAAACAUUGACUGGGUGAGAGUCCAUCAGAAUGGGCGAGAGUGAGGCCUCAUGUGUCAGUCUCAGUUCUCCAUUACUAGCUCCAGCCUGUGUAAGCGGUCUAUCUCCCUGUCAACACGUCUCUCCCCUCAGUGAGCAGAUACCUUCCAAACGUGAGGUGUUUCUUUCCUCCUUCACUCACGUUUCACUGUGUUUUACCUGGUAUUUUAUACUAUCAUAAUUUUUUAUGACACCCAGUAUGUUUUAUUUUUAAUUAUUGUAUGCCAUACUUCUGUUUAUUGCAUAAACAUAAAAGUAUCCUGAAAGGUCUAGCAUUUAAGGUUGUACAGCAAUAUUUAUAUUUGCACAAAAGGCUAUUGGCAACAGGACCAAGUCUUCUUGAUGCAGCACACACAGCUGACUGUUCUUUAAAUUAUAGCCUGGAGCAGGCUGAAGAUUGAGCACACUUUUGGGAAUUUUUUUUAUAUACAGAGAGAAAUUAUUAAUUUUGUUUGCAGUGUAGGCAUACACUACCAUUGAAAAGUUUGGGAUCAGUAAGAUUUAUAAUGUUUUUGAUUUAUAAUGCUCUUAUUCUCAGCCAGGCUGCAUUUAUUUGAUCAAAAAUACAGUAAAAAACAGUAAUGUUGUGAAAUAUUAUCACAAUUUAAAAUAACUGUUUUCUAUUUUAAUAUAUUUUAAAAUGUAAUUUAUUCCUGUGAUGGCAAAGCUGAAUUUUCAGCAUCAUUACUGCAGUCUUCAGUCACACGAUCCUUCAGAAAUCAUUCUGAUAUGCUGAUUUGGUGCUCAAGAAAUAUUUCUUAUUAUUAGUUGAAAACAGUUGUGCUGCUUAAUAUUUGUGUAGAAACUAUUAUACAUCAUACUGACCCAAAACAUUUUUGGUAGGGUAGAUGGAGUUGCAACUACAUGUCCACUAACUCUCAUUAGAUUACUAAUACUCUCAUUAGAGUAUUAGUAAACUGUAAGGUUAAGGUUUGGUGUUAGGAUUCGGUUUAAUAGAAUAAGUUGACAAGUGAAAAUGACAUGUGAAGACCAAGUAUGGUAACCCAUACUCUGAAUUUGUCAUCCAAGUUAGUACACACACACACACACACAUUAGGAGUAGUAAACACACACACAAACUGUCAGCCGUGGACACACUCGGAGCAGUGAGCAGCCAUUUUUGCUGUGGCGCCCGGGGAGUAAUUGGGGGUUAGGUAUUCAGAAUUGAACCCGCAACCUUCGGGUUACCGGUUUGACUCUCUAACCAUUAGACCACGACUGCCUUUUUAGUAGUUGGAAAGUUCCUUAUUAGUCAGUAGAAUGUCUGUUGUGGGACCAUCAAAAUAAAGUGUUAGCAGUCUACUAAUACACUAAUGAGAGUUAGUUGACAUGUAGUUGCAAAGUUACUUAUAGUUAGUAGAAUGUCUAAAGUGGAUUACCGAAAUAAAGUGUUACAGAAAAAAAAAAAAAAAAAAAAUCCUUAGAAAAAUGGAAAAUAUACUUGUAAUUUUUUUGCCAGGACAUUAUCUGUUAAGUUUAAACACAACAUAAUGCAAUGAAUAAUUCGAAAUAUGGGUAAAACACAUGUGAGAAAUCUAUAUGUAAAAUUCAGUACAAUGGGCCCUUUUUAGUGUGGUAGAUGUUACAAUAUGAGCUGUCCAACUGAAAUGCUUUUAAUUAUCUGUUUGUGUAAUGUCAUUAAAAAUAAAUCUGAAUUUGAAAGGAAA